AUGCUGCGCGGGAAGAGCAGGAACAAGUCGGAGAACGCGGAGGACGAGGGCCAGGCGAAACAGAGGAAGCCGAAAUGCGCGCGUUGUCGAAAUCACGGCCUGAUCUCUUGGCUGAGGGGUCACAAGAGGGAGUGUCGUUAUCGCGAGUGCCUCUGCCCAAAAUGCUCUUUGAUAGCGGAGAGACAGAGGGUGAUGGCGGCCCAGGUGGCCCUGAAGAGACAGCAAGCGGCCGAGGACGCGAUCGCCCUCAAAAUGGCCAAAGUGGCGACCGGUCAGAAGCUCAAUCGACUUCCGCCGGGGAAAAUAUUCGGAAUGGCUAUCACCGAGCCUAAGCCCGCGACAGAAGCCAACCAGGAUGCCGAUCCUCCUCACAAAGAGGACGAGAAGGCGUCGGAAGACUCGAGGAAGGACUCGUCAAGAGACCAGUGCCACGAGCCUCCGUCGAUCUCGGAAGACUUCCCAAAAUACAAGAGCCAGGUGUUCAGCGGGAACAGCCCGGACGACGCGAAGGAGGCUAGCGUGUCGCAGACCUCGGUGGACACUCUGGCACGUCUUUUCCCCAACACGAAGCUCUCGGUGCUGCAGCUGGUGUUGCAGAGAUGCGGCCAGGACCUGUUGAAGGCGAUCGAGUAUUUCGCCAGCGACAGUUUUGGCAUCGGUUCGAGCACGUACUCGUCGGCUUUUCGACCGCCGGCGCAGAGCAUCGCCGAGGCCAGGCCGAACGAGCAGCUCGCGAACACGAUGCUGGCGCCAAUUUACUCCAGCCUGUCGAGGAGCUUCUACGGGGAUGGUUAUUGCUUGUUGAACAUCGUCCCGGAACAAUUCCCAAAGAGCAUCGUCGCGGACGCGUUGCCCAUCAAGAACAAUAGCCAUCAAGAGCAGGAUAGCGUUGCCCUGAACAUUCAGUAUAACAGUUACUUUCAUUCUGGGAUGCAGCAGCAGCUACGGGAUCACGUUUACGCACAAGUCACGGACCACCUUUCUCCCAGGCCCGGGUUCCUCCACUUGCCAUCCAUGAUGUCGGGGAUUCCCUGCGUGCAGCCCAAUUGCCCUCAGUGCAGCUACAAGUUCCCCUGA